AUGCCCCGUACCGCGCGGUUCAGUUUCGCAUACAACAGCAUCAUCCUCGACCACCAUGCCAUCCAGACCCGGCGGGCAUUGAGCCGUGUCAAAGCAAACUAUCACCUAUUACUCAGGAAUCAACCGAAAGGACCACAGUUCAAGACCCAGGACCUGGGGCCUUCGAGAAAAUGGCAGGUUCCCAAGAUGAAGAACAUCGAGGACCGAGAGCAAAGCAAGGCUCUCGGCAUGCUUGACACAUACAAUAUGUCGUCCAACCAGAUGAGGUUACGAACCCUGGCGUUUGAUGGCGGUAAUGCAAUGGACUACGACUGA